AGGAGGGAGAGGGAGAGGAGAGCCCGCCUCCUCUCUGCGGUGAUUGGCUGGUGUAGCGGACAGUGUGGAUUGGUUGACGCUGCUGUCACUCUGGUGUUGGUGUUAUUGUUGUUGUUGCUGAGGAUGUUGUCGAUGUCAACCCUGCCUCCGGACCCUUCCUACUUGGACUGGUUCUGUUGGGAGGAGGUGUCCAACGGAUUAUACUUGAUCCGUGAGCGCUUUUUCGAGGCAGGGAAGCGGAUCAAUAUUUGGCUGCUGCAGGGCUCCCAGCGGGACCUGGUGAUAGACACAGGCCUGGGCCUGAGGAACCUGCCCAACUACCUGGUCUCCGUCGGCCUCAUCGGCCACAAGCCGGUUCUCGCUGUGGUCACUAACAUCCGCUUCGACCACUCGGGAGGCCUGUACCACUUCGGCAGGGUGGCAGUGCACAGAGCGGAGGCCAACGCCUUGAUGCGGGGAGACAACUUCGAAACAGCGACGUGUCUGUAUGACUGGGAGGUUAAAAGGCCCCCUCACCGGGGCUGGAGAGCCAAAAACUUUAAAGUACACUCUGUGGCACCUGACCGGAUACUAGACGAUGGUGACAUUAUUAAUCUUGGAAACCGUCAGCUCACUGUUCUACACAUGCCUGGUCACUCCAGAGGUAGCAUCUGCCUUCAUGACCAGGAGAACCGCAUUCUUUUUAGUGGAGAUGUAGUAUACAAUGGAACUCUGAUUGACUGGCUCCCUUCCAGCGAUGUCAGUGACUACGUUCAAAGUUGCAAACGUCUAAUGACUCUAGUGGACAAGAACCUUGUGACAAAAGUGCUGCCAGGUCAUUUUGACACCUUUGAUGCUGAAAGACUUUACAAUCUGGCCUCAAACUAUGUUGCUAACGCUGGUAUGUGCCAUAAAAUGAUGUCAUCUGCUGCAAGAUACAUUGCAAGUAUAACGCUUUGGUGGAAGAAUUAUGGCAGAUGAGUGGAACAAUAAGACAGGUAGUUCAAAUGUUAUCAGUGUUUAAGCUUACAGGUUUCUUUUAAAUAAGAUUGCAAGAGGAAGGAAUGUAUUUAUAAAUCAAAUAAUGCUCUGUUCUUGGGUAGUUUUCAAUUAACACUUACCAUUGGAGGACAGUGUUUCUGAAACCACCUGUGCAAAUGUAGGAGUAAUUUGAUAAAGCAAAAAUUUGACAAUAAUUUAGUAAUGUAAAUUUUGAUUAUAUUGUUAUGAACGUAUAAAAAUAAAAGUUUAUUUAACAAAACUUUCUUUGUAAAAUUCAUAUAGUAGGUCAAUUUUACAUGAAAGACAGCCCUGAAAAUUAGUCAGACAAAAAUUCAAACUUUUUUUCAUUCCAUCCGUGAAUUUAAAAAAAAAAUCUGGGCUGUUUGUUUUUAAAAUAAUAGAUUGAUGACAUUUAGUUCGACUCAAAUGAAAUGGGUCUCACCUGUUUUUUGCCUGGUAAAUGGAAAUAACUAUAAAAAUGCCUGCUUAAAUUGUAUUCACUAUUUUUACACCCACCGUGGGUCAUAUCAAAUAAACUGUUUUCAAGAAGGGAAGGAAACACUUCCUCGGUUUUAUAUCAGUGUUAAGAAUGAGGCGAAGACAAUCCUUAACCAAUUUAUGAUAAUGGAGUAGGAAAGUUGUGGUUCUAGUCUUCUCGGUGAGCAGCAUACUAAGAAUAACUUUUCUAAGAUGAGCAGCAACCGUGAAUGGCAUGAUACAGCCAGCUUUGUAUGCAGGUAGGCCCCUUCCAACAAUAGUAUUUGGGUAAAUUAUUCAUUACUAAUUUUUCUGCAUGAAAUAAACUAUAUUCUGCCAGUGAAACCUAUUUGCCUAGUCUAUUAAUUUGUUAUUUGCUGAGUAAGUUGCCUCUAUUAGUUCUAAACUUUUCCACAUUUUAUACUCUUUGUUACUGAUUUCUCAUCUUUAAAAUAUUUAGGCUUAUAUGAUAAGAUUGCCUUAUCUUAACCUUGCCUUUGACAAGUGAAACUUCUAAGUUUGGACUAACCCAGUUUCAUAACAGGGUUGAUGGACUUUGUGGAUUUGUAGUUGGGUAAGCUGUGUUUGCUGAAUGUUUCAAACUAACUUUUGCUGCAACCCCUAAUUGUAGCAUUUAUCCUAUAAUAUUUGAAAAAAAUAUUGGUUGUUUUCACGAGAUAUGCUUUGCUCACAGAACAAUAUACAGCCUUAUAUUGUGCUGUAUAACAAGGUCCUGUAGUCAUUGUUGAAAUGAAAUGUAAAAACAUCUUUCAUAAUGCAAAUGCAUCGCUGCAUUGUAGAUUCAAGGCUGCAAUUUAUAAUUUUUAAUGUAACGCUAUUUCUGCAGACUGUCUGGGAAGAACCCUGUGGAUGUGUGUAUACAUAUGCAUGGAGCUGUGCUUUUGGCAAGUAAAUUUUACGUAAAUGAGACAUGGGCAGAAUGUUUGCACACUCAAACACUUAAAUAAGCUCCACUUCAAUUUACAGUAUGAAGUGUCAAGGAAAAAUGAAUCAUCCAUGCAUGAGCUAAGGUUUAAUUGAGGAAAAACUGUAGUCAUACUCCCUGUAAUGUCUAAUAAAAUACUAUAAUAUUAUGUACUCUAA